AUGGAAGGCGCAGAGGCUCUUACCUCGUCCAUUUGCCACGUGCAGGUGUACUUUGACAUGAAUGUCGCCGGCGAGUCACAGGGAAGAAUAGUGGUGCAGCUGUUUGAUGAUGUGCCCAUUGGAUCGCGGCGGUUUAUGGAUCUGGCAGAGGGCCACGAAGGCAUCAGCUACCAGCUGUCCAAGGUUGACACUAUCGCACCGACCUUCAUACGCGUGAGCGAGCUCCCGAGGUUGAGCUAUUCUGCGAAUGAUACAGCCACCAUAACUGGCGGCGACACAGUAGAGCAGCUUGAGGUGGAGUUGCAGGAUGCGAGGCAUGCCCAUGGGGAGCAGGGCCUGGUGUCAUUAGUCGUCAAGGACUCUCGGCCGCGGCCGGUCAAGGAGAGGCUGGUUGCGUAUCAAGGCAAGCUGGUGACGGUGCAAGAGCAGCAGGGCGCGGUGCCAAACGGCUCGGGGUUUGUCAUCACGACAGCCGCCGCGCCUGAGCUGGACACGACUAACCUCGUAGUCGGCCGUGUGAUCGGAGGCAUGGACGUCGUGGAAGCUAUUGCGCAGCUGCCGUCUGUCAAAGCCAAUACUGGUUCUCCCUUUUUCAAGGUUGCAAAGAUAGCCGGGGACAAGCGAGCGGACGUUGCCGAGAAGGGGUUUGGGAGGCCAUUCAAGAGGGUGGUCAUAGCCCAAUCAGGCGUUGUGUGA